AUGUCCUUCUCCCUCUCCGAAAUGGACGAUUCGUUCCGUGUCCUCUCCCUCCCACCCACAGCCACGGAAGCAGAGAUCAAGAAAGCCUACCGCAAGCUCUCCCUGCGCUACCACCCCGAUAAAGCAGGCAAAGAUGUCGACCCCAUCAAAGCUGCAGCUCGCUUCCACGAAAUCAACCUCGCCUAUGAGACGCUUAUGGACCCCGCUGCCCGAGCGCGGGCCGUGCAGCGAAAUGCGGAGGACACAGCCAAGCGAGAAAGACAGCAGCAGUACGAAGGCAAGCGCCGGCAAAUGGCGGAUGAACUCGAGCGCAGUGAGAAGGAGGCCCUAUCAAAGCGGCAGGAUUCUGACAAGAGGGCGAGAGAGAGGAUAACAAAGAUCGCCGAACUGCAAGAAGAGUCUAGGCGAUUGGUGAAGCUGAAGCAGGAAGAGAUCGAUGCAAAGGCGAAACAGAAGCACGAUGCAAAAGCGGCUAAGAAAAGGAAGGAUGAAGAGCAAGCAAAGGCUGAAAGGGAGCCAGAGCUUCAUCCGCUAGACAAGACGGUCAGGGUGCAAUUUCCUGCGUCUCAACUCUCCCACCUUGCCGGUACACCGGAAGGAUCUCUCUCAGCACCGGAUGCACCGCUGUCAACGCCAAUGGCGAACACCUUGGCGAAUCAGUUUGGAGAGCUAGAGCAUCUGCAGUUCCAGCUAUCUUCCUCGGCGAAGAAGACGAAGAGAGAGUUGAUGGCGCUGGCUACCUUCAAGACUCUUCAAGAUGCAUGGCAAGCGGUAGUGACCGGCGGCGAGAUGCGAUGCACAGGGCUGCUGGAAGAAUGCUACAUCGGGUGGGCAAAUUAUACAAAGGUGCAGCGAGGAGAUGGAAGCGAAAGCAAGGACAAAGUCUUUGUAGAGCCCGAGAGAGUCAAGUGGUACAAGGAGCAUGGGAUCCUGCGGCCGAGCAACGUUGGCCGUGUACAACCAUCGAGAAGAUCGCAUGUUGCCCAAGCGGAAGUUUUAAAAGAAGAGCAUGGCCCAUCGAAGACAAAUGGCGGAACAUCGACGGCGGCGGCAGUGUAUUCCAAAGCCUACGAAGCGCAGACGCUUCAAAGGCUUCGCGAAGCAGCGAAGCAAAGCUUGCAUUCGACGUCGCAAGCUCAACCUCAAACAGCACAAUAG